AUGGAGUCCAUGAUGGCACAACAAGCAAUGGCCCCGGCCUUCUUCUACUACAGUCCAGACCCAAACCCAGAGAACAGGCACCACGGACACUUCAUCCCCCACCCUCAGCCCACAUCUCACCACGCACACCCAUACGCACCCCACGCGAUGCCCCAGCAGAUGCAGAUGUUCCCCCAGGUGCCGGUGCUCCCCUCGACACCGCUGCCCUCAACACCAGGCUUCUCCAGGCCCAACUCCUCAUGCUCACAGCCACCCAUGCACACCCAAGGGAAGCCCAGCUUCACCAGCGCGCCACAGCAACAGGUUCUCACCCCCCAGGCAUCCCCGGUGCGGGUUCACCAGGCGCUGCACAGGCCGACAAUCGUCCUGGACACGGUCAAGUUUGACGAGUCCGAGGGCAUGUGCUACCCUCAGACACCACCACUGUCCGCCGCCGGCAGCGUCAUGGGCAGCCCGGGCAGCUGUGACAUGCUGGCCACGCCACUCAACCCCAUGUUCUCGGGCCUUGAGGGCACACCAAUGGGCAUGAAGGAGGAAGUCGAUAUUCUUCCCGUUGAGCAGUUCCCGAUGCUCGACUGGAACACAUGCUCCUCGCCGCCAAUGACACCAAUGUAUCUGCCCCAGCAGUCGCCAUACCAGGCACAGGGUCCGGCUCAAGCUCAGGCACAGGCUGCCCAGCCCCAGUUCUGCGCAUCCGCACCCGCAUCUCCUGCGCCGGGCCACCAGUCCGACUUUGCCAUUACCAGCUCGUCAAUCUCGUGCCCGUCUCUUUCCCCCUGCCCCUCUCCCUAUGCCGGUUCAGAGCAGGGCCUCGACUUCUGCGAUCCUCGCAACCUGACCGUCGGCACCGUCAACCCCACUCUUGCACCCGAGUUCUCCGCCCUCCCCACCCUGAGCGCCGGCGACAACGAGGAGCAAGACCUCGUCGCAUACGGCCAGCAGCAACCGCAGUCAGCUUCCGAGAUCACUCCCCCGGUCCCCAACGGCCUGCCAAUCUUCGACGACUUCUCCGACCUCGACUCCGAGGACAGCUUCGUCAACGGCCUCGUCAACCUCGGCGAGCAGGCCCAAGCCUCCCAGCCCAGGUCGCGUUCCAGCUCCGGCGCCACCUCCCACAGCUUCUCCGACUACUCCGAGUACAACGAGUCCUUCGGCAUGCCCUCGCCUCCGGACUCGGCUGCAAGCAGCAGCGAUGGCCACCGCCAGAAGCGCAUCAAGACCGAGAGCGCCCAGGACGCUGAGCAGAGCAGCUCAGAGCCCCAGCAGUCCACCCCCGAGCACAAGCAUCAGAGCAGCAGCGCCGCCGCCGAGUCCACCUCUCCCAACAACUGCAGUGGCUCUUCUGGCGCCUCCGACAAUGGCAGCACACCACAGGUCCCUCCUUCGGGCCCCAACCGCCGCGGAAGGAAGCAGUCCCUGACCGAGGACCCUUCCAAGACCUUCAUCUGCGAGCUGUGCAACCGUCGCUUCCGUCGGCAAGAACACCUGAAGCGCCACUACAGGUCCCUGCACACCCACGACAAGCCUUUUGAGUGCAACGAGUGCGGCAAGAAGUUCUCGCGCUCCGACAACCUCACCCAGCAUGCACGCACCCACGGGUCGGGCGCGAUUGUCAUGAACCUGAUCGAUGACCCCAACAUGGCUGCUGCGUACGGCCACCCGCCACCAGGCAUGUCCUACGCACCUCCCAUGGGCGGACCCCCAGGCCCCGACGAGUACAGCCACUUCGGCAAGGUCCUCUUCCAGGUUGCUUCUGAGAUGCCCGCCAACGGUAGCGACAUGUCGUCAAAUGACGAGGACAGCAACGGCAAGAAGAAGAGGAAGCGAACCGACUGA